AUGUCCGGGAUCGCCUGUGCUGCAUCCGUGCGUGUCAGUGUCGGGCCGUCCGUGAGUAGCUCGCUUGAUCAUUCUACACAGGCGGCCCUGCGCACUCCCGCGCGCCACAAGGCGUCGACAAUCCGCAUUGCAAAUCGCAAGAAGGUUGAGAUGUUCGUCGGGAAGCGCUACUACCUUCCAACACGACUACGCGUUGCAGCACCGGACAUUGCGGCGGAGUGGGAUCAUGAAAAGAACCCCAUGCACCUCUACCCAGACAUCGUGAGCAUCGGCUACAUGCAUCCCGUGUACUGGAAGUGCCGAGGGUGCGCCAGUUCGUACCAGAUGAGUGUGGAAAAGCGCGUGGUGCGCGGUGGUGGAUGCCCUGUCUGCGAAGAUCGGGAGAUGAGCAGGUCGAUGGCGUUCAACACCGCAGCCAUGGGCACCGGCAGUGCGCACGCUCGUGAAGCUGAUGUUGAAUGUGGCGGCGCUACGCCGCCGCUGCUGCCCGGCGAGGAGAAUCGAUCACUGCGGCCGAAGCGCACCACAAUGCUUAACUUGCGGACCAAGUACUGA